AUGUUAUGGAAUUACUUAAAACCAGCAUCGCCUUUAUUAGAUUUUGUUCGUCACGCAAGUAAGAAAACUGGAGGCAGUACAAGAAAUACAAAUUGUAAGGUUAGACCCAAGCAUAGAGGUUGGAAGGUGCAAGAUGGUCAUUUUGUGCAAGCGGGUCAUAUUUUAGCCACACAACGCGACCCUAGAUUUCAUCCAGGAUUAAAUGUUGGCAUGGGACGUAAUGGAACCUUAUUUGCCAUGGAACCGGGAAAGGUAAUUGUCACCUGUGAAAAAUUUGAACCAGACUGGGAUCACACAUGGGUACAGAGAGUAUAUGGUGGUAGAGGUGGUCAGCUCAUAUACAAGAAAUACUUCAAUAUUAUACCAGAACCUCAGCACAAUAGAUUCAAAUUAAUUGAUGAAGUUUAG